GAUCAGAUUUUCGAAUUCGGAGAUGGGAAAUAGCCUUAAUCUCCCUCAUUUAUCAAAGUAUAAAGAAGGCAAGGCUUUGCCGAUUCAAACCCCUUUCAGGCUUCCCUCUUCCUUACCAACUUGGCCACCGGGUGAUGGAUUCGCGAGCGGAGUCAUUGAUCUUGGUGGUUUACUCGUGCGUCGGAUAUCAUCCUUCGCGAAAGUCUGGGCUGCUUACGAAGGUGGACCUGACAACCUCGGUGCUACCUUUUUUGAACCUUCGGAAGUGCCACAGGGCUUCUUUUUGCUAGGUUGCUACAGCCAACCCAACAACAGGCCGCUUUACGGGUGGGUUCUGGUGGCAAAGGAUGACACCACGGACUCCUCUUUAUUGGCCAUGCCAGUUGAUUACAACCUUGUUUGGAGCAGUGAAUCCCUCAACAUCAAGAAAGAUGGCAAUGCCUACUUCUGGUUGCCUACGCCCCCUGAUGGAUAUAAACCUAUAGGCCAUGUUGUCACCAACUCCCCGGUGAAGCCUUCUCCGGACAAAAUACGCUGCGUUCGAACCGAUUUCACUGAUGAGUGUGAGUCAGAUACCUGGAUAUGGGGUCCUCAAAAGGAUAUCAAGACAACUGGAUUCAAUGUUUUCAGUGUGAGGCCAAGCAUCAGGGGAUCCCCAGCUAUGGGGGUAUCCGUGGGCACAUUUGUAGCCGGUAAUACUAACCUGGCUUGUUUGAAAAAUACCAAAUCGGAUUUUUCAUACAUGCCUAAUUUACCCCAAAUUGAGGUAUUGUUUCGAGCUUAUGCUCCUUGGAUUUACUUUCAUCCUGAUGAAAAGUACUUUGCAUCUUCAGUUAGUUGGUUUUUUAUGAAUGGGGCACUGUUAUACAAAAAAGGAGAACAGUCCAACCCGGUUUCAAUCGAAUCCACGGGUUCAAACCUUCCCCAAGGCGGUUCCAAUGAUGGAGCCUAUUGGUUGGAACUUCCUGUGGAUGGAGGAGAAGAGUCCAACCCAGUUUCAAUCGAACCCACGGGUUCAAACCUUCCCCAAGGCGGUUCCAAUGAUGGAGCCUAUUGGUUAGACCUUCCUGUGGAUGGAGGUGCAAAAGAGAGGGUGAAGAGGGGAGAUUUAAGCAGCUCCGAAGCUUAUUUACACGUAAAGCCUAUGCUGGGUGCAACCUUUACAGACAUAGCAGUAUGGGUGUUCUACCCCUUCAAUGGACCAGCAAGAGCUAAGGUUGAAUUUGUCAACGUUGAUUUGGGGAAGAUAGGUGAACAUGUUGGCGACUGGGAGCAUGUGACUCUGAGGAUCAGCAAUUUUAAUGGGGAGCUAUGUAGUGUGUAUUUCUCCAAACACAGUGGUGGUUCUUGGUUCAGUUCAUCAGAGCUUGAGUUCCAAGGCGGUAAUAAGCCGGUAAGCUAUGCAUCCUUGCACGGGCAUGCCAUGUAUUCCAAGCCAGGUCUAGUUUUACAAGGGAGUGGCAACAUAGGUAUUAGGAAUGACACCGCUAAGAGUAAGAUGCUGAUGGAUACUGGGGGACAGUUUUCUGUGGUAGCGGCUGAUCAUCUGGGUUCUACGGUUACAGAACCGCCAUGGCUAAACUACUUCAGGGAAUGGGGUCCAAAAAUUAACUAUAAUAUCGAAGGCGAGAUCAAGAAGGUGGUGAAAAUACUACCCGGAAAGCUUAAAUCGGCUUUUGAGAAGUUUGUAAAGAGCCUACCAAAAGAAGUACUGGGGGAGGAAGGGCCUACAGGGCCAAAGUUGAAGAGGAACUGGAGUGGAGACGAAGUUUGAACUAAAGUUGAUAGGCAGCAGAAAUUCAUCAGACGAUCGCAGCACCACAUAUAUUCAUUGUUACUGUUCCUGAUAAUAUGUCAAUUAUUAUUAUUAUUAUUUUUAAAGGCACGGAAAAGUUACGGUUCUCCAUUUUCGAAU